ACCUAACCCCAGCAACCUCAAUAUCACAGCAGGUUUGAUGCCCCGUUCAGAGCCUGGUUGCUUGCGCUCAAAAUGACCCUGCCUCUCCGCCGUGCAGGAAUGGCCACCACUGGGAACCUUUCAGAAGAGCAGGUGCACUGCUCCAUCUGUCUUGACGUCUUCACUAACCCCGUAUCCAUCCCCUGCGGACACAACUUCUGCCAGGGCUGCAUCCUGGGAUACUGGAAGACCAGUCCUUUGUACCAGUGUCCUAUGUGUAAGAAGUCCUUCUACAAGAGGCCUGAUAUUAGCAUUAACACGGUCCUGAGGGAGAUCGCAGAGCAGUUCAAGGAGAUCAGGGUGAGGACUGUUGAAGGGAAGUUGAACGAAGAGGAGGAGGAAGAAGAAGAAGAAGAGGGGAAAGGAAAGAAGUGGGUGAUGGAGAGGAAGAAAAAGGAGGAUGAGGAGAGGCUUUUAGAGAAGGAUCAGAAGCAGGAGUUGCUGGAGGAGCUCAAGCAGAAGCAAGAGGAGGACAGGAAGAAGAAGGAGAAGCAACAUGAGGAGUUACCACCGCUGAUCCCGCCAGUGGCAGCGCCCGCAACCUCUCCUCCAUCUACACCUCAAGCUGCAGCUCGAAGGCCGCCACCUCCUCCGCUGCCCCAGACCUCACCUCCUCCCUCACCUCUAAUCUCUGCUCCACCAGCUCCUCAACAGGUACCUACACCUCCUUCCUCUUCACCUCUACCUUCUUCCUGGGAGGAGGUCCUCUGUGAUGUAUGUCUGGGGGAAGGAAGGCCCAAAGCGGUCAAAUCCUGCCUCGUGUGUCUGACGUCUUACUGCGAGGAGCACCUGAAGUCACACUCCACCAGGUUCACCAAGCACAAGCUGAUAGAGCCGGUUGCGAACAUGGAGGACAGGAUGUGUCCGAAGCACGAGAGGCUCCUGGAGCUGUUCUGCAAGAAGGAUCAGACGUGUGUGUGCGUGCUGUGUACUGAGACGGACCACAGGGCUCACUACACUGUACCUGUGGAGAGGGAGUGGACAGAGAAGAAGGCUCAGUUGAAGAGGACAGAAAUAGACGUCCAGCAGAUGAUCCAGGACAGAGUGAAAAAGGUGGACGACAUCAAACACGCUGUAGAGCAUAACAAAGUCAGUGCUCAGAGAGAGAUUCAGGAAAGUGUGCAGGUCUUCUCAGAGCUGGUGCGCUCCAUCCAGAAGGCUCAGGCUGAGCUGGUUCUGUCCAUCGAGGAGAAGCAGAGGCAGGCGGAGAGGUGGGCUGAGAGCCUCAUGAUUGAGCUGGAGCAGGAGAUCUUUGAGUUAAAGAAGAGGAACACAGAGCUGGAAAACAUGGCUCGGACCGACCACAUUCACUUCUUAAAGAAUUUCCCAGCUCUUUGCACUCCUCCUGCUGUCAAAGACUGGUCCGAGACCAGUGUUCCCACUGACACCUGUGUAGGGAUGAUCCGGAGAUCCGUGUCCAAACUGGAGGCGAUGUUAAAUGAGAUGAUCGACAAACUGGCUGACAAUGAGAUAAAAAAGAUCCUUAAAUACACAGUGGACAUCACAUUAGAUCCGGACUCAGCCAACCCCUGGUUACAGCUCUCUCAGGACAGACAUCAGGUGAGACACCUGGGCGCAUGGCAGGACCUCCCAGACCACCCAGAGCGCUUCGACACUGUGGUCAUCGUCCUGGGCCGCGAGGGCUUCACCUCAGGGAGGCACUACUGGGAGGUCCAGGUGGGGGACAAAGACGACUGGUACCUUGGCGUAGCUAGGUCUACAGUCAACAGGAAGGGCAGGAUCUCUGUGAGCACCACGCAGGGCUACUGGGCUCUCGCCAUGAAGAAAGGCCAGGGGUACCGCGUGUCGACGACCCCGCAAAUCCUGCUCCCCCUCAACCCCAAACCAAAGCGAGUGGGCGUGUACGUGGACUACGAGGAGGGGCAAGUGUCUUUUUACGAUGUGAAGGCUCGGACUCAUAUUUAUACUUUCAAAGACACGUUCGGAGAGAAGAUCUUACCUUUCUUCUACCUGUACUGCUGCGACAAAGCCUCAGACACCAUGGUGAUCUGUCCUGUGAAUGAGAAAAGCCUGAUCAAGCAAAGCUAAUGACACACUGACGUUAAAAACAACACUAAAACACAACGUGAAGAGAGACUGUUAUUGAGAUGAAUGUGCCUUUCAGGAUAUUAUUACAAGUGUUAUGUUUCAUGUAUUGUUAUUAACCUUCAUGUAUCUACAAAUGCAUUCAUUAUACAAGUAAUCAGCUCACGGAAACUCCAACCUUAAAGCUGCAGUAAGGGAUUUUUAUCUUGUUGUGAAUCAGCCUGAAACUCAUACGGACAUCUCUGUUUGAUCUACAAAGCAAAGUGACCUUCAGCGACA